AAUGUGUUUCGUCGAUGAAAACAGACCGGUAAAGGUGAUUUUAACCCGCAAACAUGUCCUCGUUUAUCAUAGAUCACUUCCUCUCAUGACGUCACCGUGUUUGUGUUUAGCAGGCACUCGCGCGUUAGCUUCAAGCAGCAGCUGUUUUCGCUUUGUGGAGCCAUCUCAUCUCGGUGUGGCAUCACCCGUUCCGGGUGAAAUGUCCUUUAGUUCCAUAUGAGCUCUACUAUGUGGUACAUCAUGCAGAGUAUUCAGAGCAAAUACUCGCUGUCGGAAAGGCUCAUUCGAACAAUAGCAGCCAUUCGUUCUUUUCCACAUGAUAAUGUGGAAGACCUUAUACGUAGGGGGGCGGAUGUGAACAGGAUGCAUGGCACAUUGAAGCCCCUGCAUUGUGCCUGCAUGGUGGCCGACGCUGACUGUGUGGAGCUCUUGCUGGAGAAAGGUGCAGAGGUAAAUGCCUUGGAUGGCUACAACCGCACCGCGCUCCAUUAUGCAGCAGAGAAGGAUGAGGGUUGUGUGGAGCUCUUAUUAGAAUACGGGGCCCAGCCUGAUGCACUAGAUGGCAACAAGGAUACCCCACUGCAUUGGGCUGCCUUCAAAGAUAACCCUGAAUGUGUACGGGCACUUUUGGAGAGCGGCGCCAGCCCCAAUGUCCGUGAUUACAAUAACGACACACCCCUCAGUUGGGCGGCCAUGAAGGGCAACCUGGAGAGCGUGCGUGUGUUGCUGGAGUAUGGAGCUCAAGUCCAUGUGGUCAACUUAAAAGGCCAGACGCCAAUAUCACGACUGGUGGCGUUGCUGGCUCGUGGUCUGGGAACAGAGCAAGAGGAAGAGUGCCUGGAGCUGCUUUGCCGUGCCGCCGGGAGGUUCGAGAUCCGCAGGGCCGAUGGCUCCUUACCACGUGAGCUCAGUAAAGAUCCUCAGUUACUGGCUCGACUGUCUAGCCUGGUGGCUCAGCCGCCUUCGUUACGGGCCCUGGCACGGUGCGCUGUGCGUAGUAGCCUUGGAGUGCAAUACCUCCCCAGUGCGGUGAAACAGCUCCCCUUACCAGAAUCAGUGAAAGAAUAUGUGCUUCUCAGGGACUGAGGGCAGGGUAGGUGGGGGAGUGAGAAGACUGAUAUGGGAGGUAGAUGUUUUUGUGUAUGUGAACAUGUGAUUGUAAUCUGUUGUAAUCAGACUGCAAUCUGAAGUGUGUAUGUCUAUAUACAUUGAGUGAAUAAGUGAGGAAGUUGCCUGUGUUUUUGCUGUAAUGUCAUUGAACAAAUUCAGGGUUGUGACAUAAUUAUAUGAUUUGAAACAGAAAAUCCAGAUUUAGUAGGAAAGUUACAGUACACUAGUACCACCAAAAUGUCAUUAUCACAUCCAUUGAACUCAUUCAAUUUGUAUCACAAGGUUAAACUAUGUGAAAUCCUCAAAUUGCAAAAACGAAAAUAAUUAAGAAAUAUUAUUGACCAGUCAAUCAUAUGAACACUUAACACUUUAACGUUGCACUUAAGUUAUAAUCCUAUAUUACAUUUGAUUUUUAAUCACCAUUUUUUAUGUAUGCAGUAGGAUUUUAUUUUUAAAAGAUAGUUAUUCUUUGUUACGUUUUUAAGUCAAAUAACUUCUGUUAUAUCAUUUUAUGAAGUUUCCCAACCAUCGAAAAUAAAUCCAUCUUGAAAGACUGGGAAACACAUAAAGUAUUGAGUGCACAAAACAACUUUAAAUGUCUAUUGCUGUUUACUAGUCACUUUCAUAAGCUAUUUAAUCAUAAAGGGUUCACAUGAAUACUUCUUUUUACUAAAUGAUUUGGUUUGUUGGAGUGUAUUAUGCAUCUUUUAUUUUGGUGCUUAUGGUUGCUGUGCUUCUAAGUUUGAGACACAAUAGUGGGAAUUAAUGGAAUAAAAAUAACAAAAUUUUACAGCUA